AUGAACAGCGAGCUCCCUAACGGGCUCGUCAUCACAGACUCGAGCAAGGUCACGGUUACAGCUGAACCCAAGCAUGGCUACGACAUCGAGACCUUCGCUCAGCCAUCCGGUUCCUUCUUCAGCAAGUUCGGUCGACUCGUGGCUGCCACACAGCUUGCCAGUCUUGUUCGAUACCUAUACCUCCUGAAGAAGGCCGCGGAAGGAGGUUCACUUGCUGCGAAAUUGCUGCUGGUCCAGCAACUCAUCGAACAUGUGACGACCGUUGCAGACCUCACUGUCUCUAUCACAGGCCAAGCUCUCUGCAAACAACCUUCAAGACCAAAACGCCGCAUUCAUGGUGACAAUGUCCCAGGCGUCGACGUCAUUAUCACGGUGUGCAAAGAAGAUGUCGACAUUAUCAUGGACACUGCUGCUGUCGAGGGAUUCGCAAAGUCAUACCCGCAUGUCCAUUACUACAGCCGACCAAAGGUUCCCGGCAGACAUCACGGAUUCAAAGCUGGCAAUAUGAACCAGGCUAUACGAUAUCUGGCAGACAAUGCCUUCGAGGGUCCAAAGCACGAUUGGGUCGCUUGUCUCGACGCUGACAUGAUCCCGGACGAUAAGUGGCUUCGCGCUCUCGUUCCUCACGUCCUGCUUGACUCAGAUAUCGGAAUGAUCGCAACUCCACAGGACUUCUAUAACAUUCCGGUCAACGAUCCUCUACAUGACAACCUACAUCUUCAGCACGAGGCCGAACAAAAUUUGCGCGACAGAUUGGGAGCUGCUUGGUGUGUCGGCAGCGGCUUCCUGUUCUACCGUCCUGCUUGGGAGAAGAUCGGCGGGUUUUCGGAGACCUCGAUGUGCGACGACGUCCUCUUCGGCUGGACACUCAAUGGGCACGGCUACAAGACUGCGGCUAUCAGUGAGCGUCUCCAGCAGGGUAUGCAGCCGAGCAGCUUCAUCGAGCACAUGAAGCAACGCCGUCGCUGGUUCAUCGGAGGCAUCCAAAAUGCUCGCCAGAUCAAGUUUGGUUUCGAUCGCAGCAUCUAUGGAGACAGCUCUGCUUGGCAGAAACUCGCAGCCCUCAACCAGAUUCCCAAGCCCUUCCUCGGCACCAUCGGCAAGCUGCUCUCAUGGGUGCUGGUCUUUGGGUGCAUCUGCAUGAACACAAACCUGGUCGUUGCCGAGCCUAGCGAUCUUGCAAGCAUCCUCAAAUGGUAUGCUGCGUACACCAUCGCCACACGUGUCUCCGAAUACGUGCUGGCUAGUAGCGGCUUUGGUAUCCAGAACAUCCGUCGUCGGCAGAUCGUCAGCACUUGGCAAGGCGUACAUCUGUCCAAGGCCAGUCUGCAGGAGGUCGUGCCCGCUUGGCUUGGAGGCGUUGCACUGAAGUUUGCUGUCACUGGUCAGAAGGCCGAUGUGGCAGUCAGUCUCGAAGAACGCGAUUUGGCUCAACGUCCUGGUCUACUUGAGCGUGUCCGCCGACUCCACCAGGUCGAGUCGGUCCUGGUUCACCUCCACAUCUUCUUCUUCAUCGUCAGCGCUAUCAUUGCCUGCGCCGUCUCCCUGCACUUCAAGACCGAUGGAAACGGCAACGCCCUCCUACACGCUCUUAUCGUCUCGAGUCUCUUCCCUGGCCUCAAAAUCGAGAAUCUGGCUCACUUCCUCAGCCCGAUCUGGUACAUCAUGUUCCCUCCAGUCGAGCGCGAGCGCACAACCUAUCUCACCGAAGUCCCAAACACUGGCUUCCGCCGCCCUCUGCUCUGGGAAUGCGGUGCCCGGUUCACUCGUGGUAUGUACGUCUGGGAGCUUGGCAGCUAG